AUGGCUGACGUAUUUUUGAGUUUCUUCCGGAGUUCCUUGCCCGAUGAACUUGUGGCGGUAAUCGAGAAUACCAUCAAGGCGACCGAAUCAGGGGACUUUCAGUCUGUGCUUCAAUCACCGGAAGCGCAGAUAUUACUAGGCCACCAGGACGACGAAACUACCAAAAAUGUCAAGAGGAGCGAUUUUGGACUGUGGAGCGACUACAUUUUCCAUCGCCUGGGGUUAAUAGUGUCAAAGCGAAAGGAAGAAGAGUCAACUCCAGUAAACGAAACUGCGCUUUAUAGACAGCACGUCUACUUCUUGAUUGCAGUCGCAGCGUUGCAUGCGUUCCUACAAUCGAAUGUUACGGGACCACCACUACCUUUCAAAUCGGCUGAAGUGCUGCUACCGAAGGAUAUCGCAGGUGACGCCAAAGCCCUGGCUAAAACGCGCGGAGAACUUGUCACAUCGUUGAAUGCCGACGGUGUUGCAGCGUAUAGACUUACUCCCAAUAUUGAACUGCUUUGCUUAGCGGACACUAUUCUCAUCAGCCCUCCUAUCCAAAAGAACAUUCCAGUCUCAAUAUGGGCCAGGCUAAGGACCAACUUCAUCCAUCAAAGACUGCUCAGUGAGGCCGCACCAAGCCUGCAAGAUGCAAUCUACGACAAUCUCAAGGGUGUAGAAGACUUGAUCCAGAACUCAGGGAAGGUCAACGAAAUCAAGGAUUUGCACACCACAUUUUUACUUGAGCGUGCGGCUAUCCAUACACACCACGGUCUCGAUAAGAAGGCCCGAGCGGACCUCGACCAAGCAGCCUCUGAGCGCAAGUUUGAAUUUGCGCUGACCGGUUUGAUGGGCAAGAGAACAAAAUUCCAGCAAAAAGAUACUAGUCAACUGAUUGUACUUGCUCGGAGCGCGGGAUCAGAAGCCAGUGGUACAUCGGAAGAAACUUCGAAGCCCAAGAAACUGGAUCUGAACGACGAUACGCUGCUCGAGUCCAUAUCUUUCACUAACGACGCUGUUUCCACCGAGAUCAAAGACAAAUCAGAAAUCCCCGCAUCUCUUCAGUCCAUAGACCCGUCAAACCAACCACUUCUUGAUCCCCUCGACUCAGUCAUCAUGCUCUCGCUGGCCGAGAGUAUCAAGAACACCAAUCCCGCGGAUGGCCUUACACGCGAGCAAACAGAACCGUACGCAACACGAGUGCUUGAAGGCGGAAGUUCCAACUGGCAGGUUUACACUCAGGCUCUUCUUGUGCGUAGUCGUAUCGAGGGGUAUAAGCCGCGUACUAUGGAGCGAGGCUUGCUACAACUUCAAGCACUUGUCGAUCAAGUCAUUGUGGAGACUUCGGGCGAUUCUACCACAGAUGCUGAGACGGGUCAGAAGGUCACUUCUUUCCUGCCGCAAGCAAAGCAGGAAGAGUCGGCGUCUGUUGAAGAGCGGCUACGCUAUAUCUUCCCGCUCUGCUCGCCGUCACGAUGGGAACUCGAGUCCGAACUUGCAGCUCGCUGGGUUGCACUAGGUGGUCUACGAUCUGCACUUGAAAUCUACGAGAGACUGGAACUAUGGGCUGAAGCAGCAUUGUGCUAUGCCGCUACUGAGAAGGAAGACCGAGCACGCAAGAUUAUCCGAAGACAACUUUUCCACGCCACCAACGGCGACGACGAGAAUGUGGAUAUGGAUGCAGAGAAGUGGGAAGGAGCAGAACGCAAUCCUCCACCAGCCGAAGCACCACGCUACUACUGUAUCCUAGGCGACAUCGACAAAGACCUCUCCCUCUACGAAAAAGCCUGGGAAGUAUCCGGAAAACGCUAUGCUCGCGCCCAACGCUCCCUCGGCCAACGCUACAUCGCAGCCCGCGACUACGAAAAAGCAGCAGAAGCCUAUUCGCUCUCCUUGAAAAUCAACGCCCUCCACCACCCGGCCUGGUUCGCCCUCGGCUGCGCCCGCCUCGAGCUCCACGAAUUCAAAAACGCAGUCGAAGCCUUUUCGCGCUGCGUCCAGCUCGACGACCAAGACGCGGAAGCAUGGAGUAACCUUGCAGCUUCAUUGCUACACCUACGCCCCAAGGUCACCGAGAGUGAAAACGGCGAAGUAUCAGAAAAGCAAGUGACGAACCACCCGCGCACCGAUGCACUCAAAGCUUUCAAGCGCGCAGCGACAAUCAAACACGACGACUACCGCAUCUGGAACAACGUGCUCGCCGUGGCUACAUCGACGAGUCCGCCCUCGUGGCAAGACGCCAUCACAGCCCAACGCCGCAUCUGCGAGCUACGGGGCCAGACGGACGGCGAAAAAUGCGUAGACGCCGAGAUCCUCAACAUGCUCGUCAAACACGUCGUUUCUUCCGAAGAAGGCUUCGAUACCUCGCGCCCCGGUCUCGCACGUAUGGCGAACGAUCUCAUUGAAAAACACGUCAAGCCGCUCAUCACGGUAUCCCCGCAACUCUGGAUCAUUCUCGCAACUCUGUACACGCAUACCCAACGUCCCGCGUCGGCGCUCGAGUGCCACGAAAAGGCGUGGCGGGCCGUGACGUCGCAGCCGCGAUGGGAGUCUAGCACUGAAGCAGAAUGGAAUGCCGUCGUGGAUAUGACGGUGGAUCUGGUGGAUGCGUACGAGACGCUUGGGCCGCGGGAGCGGACAGAGGGCUUGAGUGCGGGGAGUGGAGAGGUGGUGGCGAAGGAUUGGAAAUUCAAGAGUCGCAGUGCGGUGAGGAGUGUUAUGGGUAAGGGUAAGGAGAAUUGGGAGGAUACGGCUGGGUGGGAGAAGUUGGUGGAGAGGUUGGAGGAGUUGAAGACGAGGGAGUAG